GUCUCUCUCCCUUUUGCGUGGUGCUCCCCCUCGUCCCUCGCGCUCCCUGCACGGCUGCCCACAGGCCGUGGCUUCACUCCCUGUGCCCGACAGGGCAGGGGCCGCGCCAUGCCCAGCCCAGUGCCGCGAGGCAGCCGGCCGCCCGCUCCCCCGGGCGCAGGAGACGAGACCUCGGAGCUCCAGCGCCGCCCCGCGGGUCCAGGCAGGCCCCGCGCUCCCGGGCGCCUCGAGUCUUCCUUCUCCGUCGAGGCCAUCCUGGCCAGGCCUGCCCGCCGCGCGCCCCCCGCCGCCGCCCCAAUGUCCGGCGUCGCCGCGGACCUCGGCUCGGCUCCCUCCCGGUUUCCCGCGACGUGGCUGCCGGCCUACCUGAGCGUGAGUCUCUACCAGCCGUGCCCCCAGCUGCCCCGGACGGGGCUCCGCGUGGCUCACCUCUUCGGGCUCCAGGGCCUCGGCGUCCAGGGCUUAGAGCUGGCUCACUGCUCAGGCCUCUGGGGCACUCCAGACUGGGCUCCAGCCGAGGAACUUCAGGACACUGAGAGACCUCAAAAGAGGGUUCGGACCAUGUUUAACUUGAAGCAGCUGGAAGAGUUGGAGAAAGUGUUUACAAAACAGCACAAUCUAGUGGGGAAGAAGAGAGCCCAGCUGGCAGCCCAGCUCAACCUUACGGAGAACCAGGUGAGGGUCUGGUUCCAAAACCGCAGGGUCAAGUAUCAGAAGCAGCAAAGGCUGAAGCUACCAGCUGUGUCUGCCAUGGCUGCCUCCCAGGAUGAGCCCUCCAGCAGCUCUGACAGCAGCAUCCAGAGAGAAGACACUGAGUCAGGAGUGGACAGCUGAGGACUGGGACAAAGGCUCAACGCAGGCUGUCUGGGCUAGUUCUUCCUGGGGACACCCACGGGAACUUCUGAGCCUUUUUUCUUCAUCUGUAUAAUGGGUGCAUUGACAAUUUACUCUUCCCAGAGCUGACAGGAUGUCUGUAAAGCUGUUACGGGGUGCCAGGCCCAGUGCUAAGUGUUCAGCAAGUGUUAAGGUUUAUAAGUUCCCUUCACCUGGGGGUGUGGUGCUUGCAACUGAACUGGCCCCUCCAGGGAUUAAUCUUUUCCUGGCUUGCCUGUGGAGAAGGGGCUUCCUUGAAUCAGUAUUUGGGCCUAGAAGCCUCUUCCCCACCAGAGAUGGUGGAUAUGAGAGUAAAGAGGAGGGAAAGGUAAACCAUUUAGCCUACUUCAGAGUUUCCCAAAGUUUUCUUGUUUUGUCUGAACUGCUACCACUUUUAGGAGCUCAGCCCCAAUUGUCUGCUUAGGCACAGACAUGCUUCCCUGACCCCAUCUUUUUCCCUCUAGCUACCCACUUUGACCCCUCUCCAUCAUUGUACAGAGAAAUUUGGCUCUGCCUUUGCCAAAGCAGGCAUUUUUUCACAAACUCUGCUGUAUUUCCGUGAGACAGUUAUAAUUUUUCCCCUUCAAGCCCCUAACUCAUGGUUCCCUUUCCUUCCCAGGAAUCUGCUCCGUUUCUAAGAAGCCUGCUGAUAGCCUACCCCUGUGAGGCCAGUCACCAGCAAUUCCAGAGCUCAUUUCUCUAGUGCUCUACAUUCCUGGGCAGGCCUCUGUUCAGAGUAUUGAUUUAGAAUCUCCAAUGGCUUCUGGGUAGAGGGGAGCUGGUGAAAGGAGGCCUGCCCUGCCACCUGCCGGUGACAGAAGGCACGGUCCCCACUGCUGUCUGCUGUGUUCUGAGGGAGACAGGAAGGGCAGGGAGCAGAGGUGAAAAACCACAUGCCUCCAAGUGGUGGUAGACCAUCUUCUCCUAGACACUAGGCCACAGGCUUGAGGCCAGGGUCCAGCUUCAAGAACUCUUCUCUCCCCCUGUCUUCAGGGAAAUCCUUCCUAAUGCUGGACCCAAAGUCCACUCUGUUAAUCAAAGGAAUCUACCUGCAUCUACCACUUCCAGCACCUGCCUCCUCAAUUGACUCACCUUUUAAAAAUAAUU